ACACUCUCUGCUCUUUUUACACUCCCGAAGAAAAUAAAGAAAAAAUGGCCUCCCUGCCUCUCCUUCGUCUCUCUCUCCUUCCAUCCCCAAAACCCCACUCUCCAUAUCCAAUCUCAGCCAUCCGAAUCCCGCACUCCCUCAUUUCAACGGCCAAGAUCACCCGCCCCAAACUCACCCCAUCAAGGGCCCCAACGUCCAUGUCCUACAACCCAACCCCAGCGUCCGAUCGCCUAAUCUCCACCGCAUCCUACUUCCUCCCAUUCUUCAACGGCAUCCAGUACGGCCGCUUCCUCUUCUCAAAAUACCCCUCUCUCGCCCUCUUCUUCCAGCCUAUCCUCCCUGUCAUGAGCUUAUAUCGCUCUAUCCCCUACGCCAGCUUCGUCGCCUUCUUCGCCCUCUAUCUCGGUGUUGUCCGAAACCCUAGCUUCAGCCGCUACAUCCGCUUCAAUGCCAUGCAGGCCGUCGUCCUGGACGUCCUUCUCGCGAUCCCGUUACUGCUGCAGAGGAUCUUCAGCCCCGAGAGGGGGUUAGGUUUUCGAUUCGUCGUGAUGGGGUACGACGCCCUCUUCGUCUUCAUUGUCGCCUGCUUCUUGUACAGCGUCGGUUUUUGCAUCCUCGGGAAGACGCCCUACUUGCCGUUCGUCGCGAGUGCAGCCGAUCGACAGCUCUGAGGAAUCCGAAGAUCGAGUUUGGUGGACUGCGAUACUUAGAGGUAGGUUUUGAUGCUUGAAACUGCCUUAAACCCUUUGAUUCUGAGCCAUAAAGAAAACCCUAAUUUCUGAAAAUCUAUUAAGAGGGUUUUUUUUUUUUUUUUUAAA